CAGACAAUACUUGUACUCCAGCACAAGUUUGUUGGAAUAUUUGGUUCUUAACACGUCGCGGGCGCAAGUAAAUAAAUAAAGUUCUUGAAAGAGUAAAGAGCGGCCCCCACAAGGCUGAAGUCUGAGACCCCUGUUUGUCUAGCCUUAAACCUUAUGAUCCGCGAACAAAUUCGAUUUUGACAACGACAAAGAUACAAUGUCGAUUCCAGGUCUGGGGCAAGCUGCGCCAACGGCUGCCUUCUUAGCACCAAUACCUGUAGCACCGACAGUAGUUCACGACCUUCAAGCAAAUUCAGAAUGGCGCUUUGAAGUCGAUAUUGGGGAGAAGAUCGAUGUGAAGAUCCUCUCGGGGACUGCAGAGAUCUUCGGGACAGAACUUGCAGUAAACCACCUCUACACAUUUCGCGGAGCCAAGUCCUCGAUAUACACAUGGCACGGUUGCAGAAUUGAGGUUACGGGGGUAUGCGAAGAGUACACAGCGGAAGAGACGCCCAUGACACAAUAUGUCAACACCCAUUUCGCCUUGGAGAAGUUACGAGACGAAGCAGAGAGGGACCGUCGUGAAGGUCCAAGGGUACUGGUGGUUGGGCCAACGAAUUCUGGGAAGACUAGUUUGGUGAAGCUCUUAGCGGCAUAUGCAUUAAGAAUGGGACAACAGCCUAUGGUCAUCAAUACCGAUUCGAGGGAAGGCUUGUUGUCAAUACCUGGAAGCUUGACUGCGACGCCGUUUGCUUCGAUUAUUGAUGUGGAACAAGGUUGGGGAAGCAGUCCUACAAGCACCUCUACUCCAGUGCCUGUAAAGUUGCCGUUGUGCUAUUACUAUGGACUGGGUAAUCCGGAAGACAACACGAAGUUGUACAAGCCAAUUAUCACUAGGUUGGCUUUGGCAGCUACAAGCAGACUGACGGACGAUCCAGCCAUCAAGUCGACAGGCAUGAUCAUUGAUACUCCAGGGGUUAUAAGUCAAGGUAAAGGUGGGUUUGAUCUGAUAUCACAUAUUGUAUCAGAGUUCUCAGUCAAUACUAUACUUGUGAUCGGCUCCGAAAGAUUACACAGCGAAAUGCUUCGACGUUUCUCGACGUACCGUACAAGUACAGGCGAAACAAUCACUCUUGUGAAGCUUGACAAAUCAGGUGGUUGUGUUGACCGAGAUGAUACGUUCAUGCAAUUGACGAAUGAAGCUACUGUCAAAGAGUAUUUCUUUGGUGAUACCCGGACUACGCUCAGUCCCCAUACGCAAAGUCUUGGAUACGAUGAAGUCACGGUCUACAAGAUCAGAGAAGCACAUACCAAUUCGUUCUUACCUGGUGGAGUCGAGGAGACGGAUCAUGGACUCUAUGAGAAAGUGGAACCCAAUGCCUCAAUGCAGCACUGCAUACUUGCAGUAAUGUAUGCAUCAGUAUCAGAUUCUCAGGAUACUAUUAGGGAUGCCAGCGUCAUGGGCUUUGUGUACGUAGCAGAAGUGGAUGAAACAAAACGAAGAUUGAAGGUCCUGGCACCCAUGAAUACUAGAAUGACCGACAGACCAAUGAUCUGGGGCAGUUGGCCUGAAGUGGCUGUAAGUCUCAUGGGCUAAUGAAUGAAACCUUUGAAUAAGACUGUU